UCGAAAUGCGCAAAUGGACAGAGGGAGGAUAAUAUAAGCUGUCAUAACCAAUUACCUUGACGAGAAGCAGAAAUUGCUUUGCGGCUUCUCUGUGCCUGUUAUAUAAAGUGAACACAAAUCUAAGGGAAUUUCAAAACAUCUUUAACAAUGAUCAGAGCAAUGGGAUUGCUGCAAAGUUGGGGUGGAUUCGGGACGAGCAUUGCUAGUUUCAUAUUCCUGCGGGAUAUGAUCCGUCGAUACUGUCCCCCUGAGCUUAUCCGAGCUUUCGAUAAGUGGACACGAAGAAUCAGGAGCUUUUUCUACCCUUAUAUUCAGAUUUCCAUCAGUGAAUUCAUGAGCAACAAUCUCAAGCCUCAUGAUGCCUAUGCAGCAGUUGAGGCAUAUCUCAGUGUCCACUUAGCAAAAGACGCAAAGAGGCUUAGAGCUGAAACGGUAACUGGAGGUAGCAAGUUGGUGCUAAGCAUGGAUGAACAUGAGAAAGUUACUGACGAGUUUUGUGGAGUAAAAGUACAGUGGAUUUCUGGCAAACUUGUGCAACGGGAAAGUAAGUACUUGCCAGAACUAGAAAGAAAAUAUUACAAGCUUAUGUUACACAAGAAAUAUCGUGACAUGGUAACCGAUAUUUACUUGGAACAAGUGAUCAAGGCAGGGAAAGAGAUUCAGAUGAGAAACAGGAAGAGAAAGCUCUACACUAAUGGCCACAGCAAGACCACAUGGAGCCAUAUCGUAUUUGAGCAUCCUGCAACAUUUGGUAGCUUGGCAAUGGAAGCAGAGAAGAAGCAAGAUAUUGUGGAUGAUCUCCUCAUGUUUAGAGAGAGCAAGGAUUUCUAUGCGAGGAUUGGCAAGGCGUGGAAGCGUGGUUAUCUACUAUAUGGUCCGCCGGGUACUGGGAAGUCUACUAUGAUUGCUGCAAUGGCAAAUUUAUUGGAUUAUGACGUCUGUGAUCUUGAAUUGACAUCUGUGAGGGACAACACAGAAUUGAGAAGGCUCUUGGCUGAAACAACAAGUAAGUCUAUUAUAGUGAUAGAAGAUAUUGACUGCUCACUUGAUCUAACCGGUCAAAGGAAGAAGAAACCUCCAGAAGAGAAGAUUGAAAAGACAAAGAAAGAAGUUUCUCGCAAGGACACUGAAGAGAGUGGAAGUAGAGUCACUCUCUCUGGGCUUCUGAACUUCAUUGACGGUCUUUGGUCUGCAUGCAGUGGAGAACGUAUAAUUGUCUUUACUACAAAUUAUGUAGAUAAGUUGGAUCCAGCUCUUACAAGAAGGGGAAGAAUGGAUAAGCACAUCGAGCUCUCAUACUGUAGUUUUGAUGGAUUCAAGGUGCUUGCAAAGAAUUACCUGCGCUUGGACACACAUCCCAUAUUUGAAUCAAUUGAAAUUCUAACGAGGGAGACAAAGAUUAUACCUGCCGAUGUUGCAGAGAACCUGAUGCCCAGCUCCCUGAAAGAAGACUCAGAGAAAUGCCUUCUGAAGCUGGUUGAAGCUCUCAAACAGGCAAAACAACUGAUGAUAAAGAAAGAAGAGGAAUCCGCACUGUCUGAAGCUAAAAUGAAAAAGGCUGCAGAUGCGUUGCAGGAUAAGGAAGAUUCUAUAGACAAAAUGUAGAUGGUUAUUUUUCACAAUUAAUUGUAUGACACGAAAAGAAAAGAGUCAUCUGCGACCAUUUGUGUUUUAUAGCUGAAUCUUGCAAGAUCAUCAAACUAUUUUUGUGUUGAUGCCAGAUCUAAAAGUAGAUGCUAUUUUCAUGUAACAGCUAGACAACAAAAUCUAAUAAACCUAUCCUUAUAAAUCAAUAAGAUAGCAAACCUGGCCUUGUAUAAUAAAACUAUUUUACCUUCCGUUAGAAGUUGGGUACAUUACUAUGACUGCAAUCUCUAAAUCCAGCAAUACAUCCUUAUUCCUUAGCAUUAGACCAUUGGUAAAGUAUCCAGUUGCAGAUCCUUUUUUGCCUUUUGCAGCACUAACUUAUGUUACCUAAUGCUGCCACGCAACAUGAAAUGAGAUAGUUGAUCAUUCAGACUGCAGCAAAUAAAGGCCAUCCUACCCAAAUACAGUUUUUUAUUUUUAUUUUGUUGAUGACGAUGUCUGGACCAGCUUGUGCACACCUCAACUAUUAUGUCAGGAACUUGCAUCUUCCUAUCAGCAUCGGUAUUGGAUAACUGUAGCUCCAAGGCUUUGAUAGAUAGAACAAAAUCACAUAACCUUAUCUCUCUGUUGGGAAUUAACCAUGAUCUUUGUUCCAAUUUCAUCAGCAGUUGGGGCCGCCAGUUAUAAUCACAACACCACAAGAUAACUUUGAUUAGAUAGUAUGUAAUUAGAAGAUUAAUUAGAAACUUGGUAUAUAAUGAUAUCCACAUCAUCUCAAAAGACCUUCAUAGCAAUAAGAAUCCAUGAUCUUUUUUAAUAACUAUGGACUAUGGUAUCGGUGCUAGCUUUCAUGCACCUUGUCUAAUACACGGAGUACCUGCUACCUCCCACCAUCACAUGUAAAAAAGAAGGAAGUAAUUAAAACAUAACCUGAUAGUAAUGAGUCAAGGAACCUUGAAAGUACUGAAAUUCAUAUCACAUUAUGCUUUCACAACAUGUAUGUGGAAAUCACAGCAGGAAUGUACAUUCAUCUGUUAAAAGUUAGAAUAGAACAAGUAGAAUAAAAGAAAAAUAGACCAUGAUAAUAAUUUAGUAGAAACAUCCUGGUACUCAUCCAAAUUAGUUGCAACGGUUACCUACUGGUAAUAUGAGUUAGGCAUCAAGUCACUUGGAAUUAAGCUACCAUCAGUAACACUGAGCACAUGAAGAAAACAAAUGAUCCUCCAACUUUUGUUGCGGACGUUAAUGCAAUUGCAACCAUUAUCUUUCCAGUAAGCAAUUCCAUGAAGGAAACAUAUUUGGACUUCGAUUAUAGAAACUUAAAGACAGUAGACAUAAAUGAGAAGUUAAUUUGAAAGAAUGGUAGGAGUGUAGUCAAUAGUAAGCUUUCAGUUGAACAUCCAUAUGGACACCUAAAAAUGAGCAAUAGUUUAGGUGCAAGAAAUAUGUCGUAGCAUACAAGUGUGGAAAAUUUGAAGAUGGGUAACUCUAGAUCCUAACAUAACCUUGUGAGGCAGAAUAUGAUGAUACUCGCAUCUAAACUGAGAGAGGUGAGUCCAAGGUUUAUGCAUAUGCUCCACCAAGUCUCUUUCAAUUUCUGUUUUGGUUUCGUUUGUUCUAGUUCCAUAAAACAUCAAACAUGAUCAACUCAUUUACAGAAAUAUUUCAUACAAAUAAAAAGGCUACAAGAAUGCAAGAAAAGUAGAAAGGAUCAUUUAUUAGCUAAUUUCACCCUUGCUAUUGCCCAAGUUCCUAUUUAUCAUCUUCAUCAAUCAUCACCUCCUCCAUCCUGAACCUGCCAUGACAAUACAAGAAAAAGCAUAAAUUUCAAAUUUUAAUAUGGAGUGUUCUUUUGAUUUUUCAAUCCCUUGUAACAACAAGAAAAGUUAUCACAGUUUCAGAAUUAACACUGACAACAAUUUUGUGUGAUGGCUGGCAGUCUUCAACCAAUCAAACCCAAAACACCACCAAAUUGAUUUAUCUUGAACUAAUUCAACCCAUAACACAAACAAAUUGAUUCAAAUCAAUCAAUAACAACCACAUCAUCCCACAUUCAUUUGAUUUGAGUCACAAAACUUCCAUAACUUUUCAGAUCCGAUAUUAACCAGUUCAGAAAAAAAA